UUAAAGAAACUCCAGUGACUCCUGAGCGUCGGCGUCCGACUCCUCCCCGUGAAGGCGUUCGGACACGAGCAGCAAGCCCGCGUCGGGGUGCUGGAGAAGGCCGCUACCUGCUGCCGCCCCGCAUCCACCGCUCCUCUGAUCCUGGACUGCCACCAGAGAUGGUCAUUUUCCCAUCAGCCGGUGCUGGUGACGGUUACAGCCACCCUCCCCCGCUGUCCAGGCUGCUGUCCCCACAGUCCGGGUCGGGACAGGUGCCUCCUGGUCAGGUGUUACACCUCCAGAUGUCUCCUCUGCUUCACCCACUGGUGGGCCAGCACAUCCUGUCUGUCAGGCAGUUCAGCAAGGAGCAGAUCUCACACCUGUUCAAUGUUGCUCACACUUUGCGUUUGAUGGUUCAGAAGGAAAGAAGUCUGGAAAUCCUGAAGGGUAAAGCGAUGGCCUCCAUGUUCUAUGAGGUCAGCACUCGCACCAGCAGCUCCUUUGCAGCGGCCAUGCAGCGUCUGGGCGGCUCCGUCGUCCAUUUCAGCGAGUCCACUUCCUCCUCACAGAAGGGAGAAUCGCUGGCCGACUCAGUUCAGACCAUGAGCUGCUACGCAGACGUCCUCGUGCUCCGUCACCCAUCGCCUGGAGCUGUAGAGAGAGCAUCCCGCCAUUGCCGUAAGCCGGUGAUCAAUGUAGGCGAUGGUGUCGGGGAGCACCCCACCCAGGCCCUCCUGGACGUCUUCACCAUCAGAGAGGAGCUGGGGACGGUCAACGGCAUGACGAUAACGAUGGUGGGCGAUCUGAAGCAUGGCCGCACAGUUCAUUCCCUCGCCAAGCUGCUGACCCAGUACCGCAUCACCCUGCGCUACGUGGCUCCCAAAAACCUCCACAUGCCAGCAGAGAUCAUCAGCUACGUGGCCUCAAAGGGCAUCAAACAGCUGCUUGAGCUACAGGACUGGAAAACUGACAGUAGAGUCGAGGUUGGUGGGAUCAGCAGCGGCUGCAGCAGAAGAGGAAGGAGCCUUCACAGUGCUGUAGGUCACUGCGUCACCUUCAUCAUCACCUCGCACCUGGAAAACCAAAAGAAGCGGUCCACAUAA